GGAAGGUUACAUUUUUGCGUAAAGAGGAAACUUUGUAUGGACAUGAGGAUAUUUUUGGGAUUAUUUGCUUUUCCUAAUAGAAAAACCGGAUUUAUAAGGAAAGAGGCAUCGUUUAAUUCCACUAUUUAAAGCUACAGGGUAUUUUUCUAAACAGUUUUCGACCUUAAUAAAAUAUGACUGAAUUACAAUUUGACGAAUGAAAAUGCACAUUGAGCACACAGCUGUCCACUGAGGAGAGGAGGUGCUCACAGAAGCCCGCCAAUGCUUACUUUUUGUCGGCACUACAAAGCAAGUUGUUAAAAAAAAAAUUGUCCACGAGCUUCAGUAAGAAAAAAAAGGUAUCAGCAUGGCAGAGCACGAGAGCCUGGAGUUUGGAAAAGCAGAUUUUGUUCUUUUGGACAACGUGUCUCUGGAAGAAUUCAUGACUAACUUAAAACUCAGGUUUGAGAAGGGGAGGAUCUACACCUACAUAGGAGAGGUGGUGGUGUCCGUCAAUCCUUACCGUGCCAUGAACAUCUACGGCCGCGAUGUCGUAGAGCAGUACAAGGGCCGCGAGCUGUACGAGAGGCCGCCCCACCUGUUCGCCAUCGCUGACGCUGCUUACAAAGCCAUGAAGAGGAGGAACAAAGACACUUGUAUCGUCAUCUCAGGGGAAAGUGGAGCAGGAAAGACUGAAGCCAGCAAGUACAUAAUGCAAUACAUUGCUGCUAUCACCAAUCCCAAUCAGAGGGCUGAAGUUGAAAGGGUGAAAAACAUGCUGCUUAAAUCCAACUGCGUCUUGGAGGCCUUCGGAAACGCCAAGACCAGCCGCAACGACAACUCCAGCCGCUUCGGCAAAUACAUGGACAUCAAUUUUGACUUCAAGGGAGAUCCCAUUGGAGGCCACAUCAGCAACUACCUGCUGGAAAAGUCCAGGGUCAUUUUCCAACAGGAGGGAGAGCGGAGCUUCCAUUCAUACUACCAGCUGCUCAGAGGAGCUCCAGAUUCCCUCUUACGCUCUCUUCACAUCCAGAAGGACCCGACGGCCUACAACUACAUCAAAGUUGGAGGCCAAAUUAAGUCUUCCAUCAAUGAUGGCGCUGAUUUCAAAGCUGUAGCUGACGCCAUGAAAGUGAUCGGUUUCACAGGGGAUGAGAUUCAGACUGUUUACAAGAUCCUGGCCACCAUCCUACAUCUGGGCAACCUGACAUUUGGGGUGGACGGUGAUGUGACCUUGAUAGAGAACACAAAGCUGGUGUCUGUGUUUAGGGAGCUGCUGUCCACCAAAGAAGAGAAUGUGGAGAAGGCCCUGCUCUACCGCACCGUGGCCACGGGUCGAGACGUCAUCGAAAAGCAGCACACGGCACAAGAGGCCAGCUACGGACGGGACGCCCUCGCCAAGGCCAUGUACGAACGUCUGUUCUGCUGGAUUGUGGGACGAAUCAAUGACAUCAUUGAGGUGAAAAACUACGAUGCCAGAGUCCACGGGAAGAACACCGUCAUCGGGGUGCUGGACAUCUACGGUUUUGAGAUUUUCCAGAACAACAGCUUUGAACAGUUCUGCAUCAACUACUGUAAUGAAAAGCUGCAGCAACUGUUCAUCCAGCUGGUGCUGAAGCAGGAACAGGAAGAAUAUCAACGAGAAGGAAUCCCCUGGAAACAUAUUGAUUACUUCAAUAACCAGAUCAUUGUGGAUUUGGUGGAGCAGCAGCAUAAAGGCAUCUUCUCUGUGCUGGAUGAGGCCUGCAUGAAUGUGGGCAAAGUCACAGAUGAGGUUUUCCUCCAAGGACUCAAUGGCAAGCUGGCCAAACACGCCCACUACACCAGCCGCAAGCUCUCACCAACUGACAAGAGUCUGGAGUUUGACAGAGACUUUCGCAUCAGGCACUACGCAGGAGAUGUAGUGUACUCAGUUGUGGGUUUUAUUGAUAAGAACAAAGACACUCUGUUCCAGGAUUUCAAGAGACUGCUGUACAACAGUUCUAACCCAGUACUGAAGGCCAUGUGGCCUGAGGGCAAAUUGAGCAUCACUGAGGUCACCAAGCGACCUCUAACUGCCGCAACGCUCUUCAAAAACUCCAUGAUCAUGUUGGUGGAGAACCUGGCUUGCAAGGAACCCUACUAUGUUCGCUGCAUCAAGCCCAACGACGUCAAGUCGCCUCUACUGUUCGAGCAGGAGCGCUGCCGCCACCAGGUGGAGUACCUCGGGCUGCUGGAGAAUGUCCGAGUGAGGCGUGCAGGCUUCGCCUACAGACAGACGUACCCUCGCUUCCUACAGAGAUACAAGAUGAUCUCAGAGUUUACGUGGCCAAACCAUGACUUGCCAUCAGACAAAGAUGCCGUGAAGAGGCUCAUGCAGGGGUGUGGAUUUGACCACGACGUGGCCUACGGCAAAACCAAGGUCUUCAUCCGCACACCACGUACGCUCUUCAGCCUUGAGGAGCAGCGAGUGGAUAUGGUCCAGAGAAUUGUCCUCUUCCUCCAGAAGGUGUGGCGGGGCACCAUAGCCAGAAUGCGGUACCGUAGGAUGAGAGCUGCCCUCGUCAUCCUGCAGGCCUAUCGGCGCUACAAGGUGAAGUCUUACAUCCGCGAGGUCAACCGGCGCUUCAAAAAUGUCCGAUCCAUGAAGGAUUACGGCAGGCAUGUGAAGUGGCCAACGCCCCCCAAAGUCCUGCGCAAGUUUGAAGAGGCAUUCAGGAGCAUCUAUAACAGGUGGUGGGCAUGGACACUGAUCAAAGGCCUCUCUCCAGAAGAGGCCCUGCAGGUGAGGGCCAAGGUAGCCAGCCUGGAAGCCCUGAAGGGCCAGAGGGCCGACUUGGGGCUACAGAGAGCCUGGGAAGGAAACUACCUGAAGCGAGACAGCCCUGAUACAGCUGCAUCCUUCACACUGGUUUCCAGCGAACUGCAGAGGAAAGACAAAUUCAUGAGAGUUUUGUUCUCCUGCAACGUGCGCAAGAUCAACCGUUUCCACAAGGCGGAGGACCGGGCUGUGCUCAUCACUGACCGCCACCUGUACAAGAUGGACCCCCUGAAGCAGUACAAACCCAUGAAGAGCAUCCCCCUCUACAACGUGACGGGAGUGAGCGUGUCCCCUGGGAAGGACCAGCUGGUGGUGUUCCACACCAAGGACAGCAGGGACCUGGUGGUGUGCCUGCAGGGCAUGGUGCCUGCCAAUGAGAGCCGCAUCGGAGAGCUGGUUGGAACCCUACUUAGCCACUUCAAGAGUGAGAAGAGGAAGCUGCAGGUGAACAUAGCGAGUCCCAUCCAGUGCAGCAUGAGCGGGAGGAAGUGCACGGUCAUCGUCGAGCCCAAGAUCAACCAAUCGCAGCCAGACUUCACCAAGAGCCGAUCUGGUUACAUCCUGGCUGUUCCUGGCAACUAAAAUGGGCCAAAUGAAAGGGGGGGGGGGGGGAUAGUGACAGCUGAUUUCAUAACCAGGCCGGGAUGAUGAUGAUGAUUCACUUCUGAUUCACUUUCUUUUUUUGUGCAGAGCUGCUGAUGAUGUGACGAUUUAGAUAGCAGCUCUGUGGGAGGAUUGUGGUAAUUGUAUCCUCAAUAUGCAAAGCCAUGCCAAAUUUGACCUGUUUUGUAGAUUUCUAUGCAAUGUUACUAUGAACAGGAAGUGUACAAUACGCCUACAUGCACGAUGGUGUUAGGUUUUAUAAAAUCCACUACAGGAUAAUCCACCAAAGUGGUGUUCUUUCUUUUUAAAAUCCAAAUUUCAAAUGAUUUGCUUUGUGCAAUAUUUACUUUAUCGUAGAUAGAAUAUCAAGUGAAGGUGAGAGGAGAUUAUGCGGCAACUGUUCUCGGAACUGCUGAUGUUGCAUAAUAGGGAGAAAAAAAUCCAACGGCUUUGCAGGAAUUUAUAAUCCGUGCAGCUCCCGGUGUGGGGAUCAAAAGUCAAACCCUGAAACAUGAAGUAAGAAGAUAUUUAUGUUUGAUUUCAGAAACUUGAUUAUUUGCUCUAACAUGGAAGGAAAACACUUUUUGUGAAAUGUAUUCUAAGGAAUAAUGAUGUUAAUGACCUUAAAUGAAGACUUGCCUACCUACAUGGUAAAUGAAAGGAAAUGCAGCGUACACUUUGAGUUCAUGAAAUGUUUACGAUCACAUAUGAAAGCAGCAAAAUGUGAGUGUCUGAGGCACAAACUCUAAGUUCAGUUAGUUUGUUAGUCACAAGAUGAUGAGCAGGAUGUGUUGAGCAUAUCCUGAACGACAACCUGCUACAUGCCAAGUGUUAAAAAUCUAUUAAUUUAAAUCCUGCUUUGUAUACUCUCUACUGCAAUGUGUUUACUUUUAUAAUACUCUAAUACCGCUUGUAUACUAAAGGUUAGCAUAUACUUUGUGACCGCACGUAUACUGCAUUUAGUAUAAAAAGACAAGGACGAUAACCACAGCAUUACUUUCCCCCAAGAGGGUUAGUGUUAGCAGCCAGUACUGUAUAAUCCCACGUGAACUCCAGCCCCUGAACAUAGUCUCAUUUGCUGUCUUUGUGUUGCGUGAAUAGUCUAAUGAAUUGUAGUGUUCCUAGUUCUGUGGAAUAGACUAAUAUUCCCUUCACCAGAGAGAAGGAGAGUGUGAGUACGACUGUGGGAGUGUGUGUGUUCAUUAGCUCUUUUUAGCUCUCCUGUUCUUGGCUCUGAGAAUAAGAGCGAGUGGCCACAGUGAAGGAGUGAAGUCUGGAAUCAGACUGCUGGCCUAGUUUAGCUCCCUGUCUAAUAAUGAGACUUCUUUUGGACUAUUUGGAGAUAUUGGCUGCGGUCGAAUAGGAUUCUUUGCUGAAGAAUCUUCCAAACUCAUUGAAAUGAUCAGGAAGUGUCUAAGUGGCAGGCAUGAUAAGAGUCGGUGGAAUGCACUAAUGCUGCCUUUCUUAUCUCCCUUAGCAUAGGAUACACUGGACACUCCUUUAACAAAGGAAAGGAGACGAUGUUGUCCCACAGUUUACACAAUAACAUCUGCCGUCGCUGUUUCCUUGACCUCCUGACAGUUUUUCUUCAAGGUCAUGGAAAAGUGCUUAGGAAAGACAAUAGGUCGUCAUUUAUUUUUUUAACUUUUCGACCGCAGCCUUGAUAUUUAUCUGAUCUUUCUGAAAUCCCUUCGUUGUUCUCAAGCCAAAUCACACCAAUCAAAUCCUCAGCAGAGAUCUCUUUGUACUGCUCUCACAGGCUGUGCUGAAAGUUUGUACUCUUGUUUUCAUCCUUUGGCAAGUGUUGGCACAUUACAAUAUGUUCUUUUUACAAAAUGUGUGGCAGCACAGAAGCUCAUGAGAUGGAGAUUUCUGGCUUCACACUGUGUUUAAUAUGAAUAUCCAUCCACAGAUUGACUACAUGAGGCAUAAAUAGGUUUGCUCCUUUAUAAACAACCUAAUUAUUCUAAGGUUGGAGCUGACCUGCUCGCUCACACUAGUCUGUCAGCUCUUCUAGCUUCUUUCUAUUUUCUCUGUACUUUGUUCUCAGGAUAUCAUCAUUUCAUUCAGCAAAGAGUUCUUGAAAGGGGGAAGAACUCUGACCUAGCGAGCUUGCUAACUGUAAUUUCGAUAGUAAGCCAACUGUCAGCACGCUCAGUCGCUAAUGUGACAUUAUGUUCAAACGACAAAGACAUAUUUGUACAUGGACCAUGUUCUAUAGGCUGCUUCCCAGACAGAUGAGCAAACUCCAUCUGCUCAUAAAGAUCAUGUGAUGUGAUCGAAAGCUCCAGAACAGCUACUAAACUGCUUUUUCCAAGGUGAAGAGUUGACUUUGAACCUCAGCUUUGAAGCCAACAUGGACAAAACAGCAUGGUGUCCUAAAAAUUACAUUUCCAUACAACGAAACUGCACCGUCAAUUAUGUUUCGAGGGGAAAUAUAUUUGCGUCUGUGUUAAGAGGAGGGUGGGGUGGGUGGAUGAGUCAAACAACAAGACCUGUCCCCUGUGAAACUAAAAGUCAACGUUUACUUCUUUUAAUUUAUGUACCUAUAAUUAUUAUGUACUUAAAUAUUGUAACAAAUAUACGUAUUUUAAGCCAAACCAUGACCUUUACUAAACCUAACCAAAACAUUUUACUUUCACUUUAACCACGUGUUUAAAACCUUCCCUCGAAACAUAACUGAGAAUACAGUUAAUUAAAUGACAUGCAAAUAUAAUUUUUGUGAUAUGGUAUCACAAAAUAUAUGGUUGAAUGCUCCUGAACCGCAAAUUGAUUAUUAUUAUUAUUAUUAUUAUUAUUAUUAUUAUUAUUAUUAUUGCCUCUUUGCACAGAGCAUCCUCGUUGUUGAAUUUAGAAUGGAUGGUUUUGUUUGUUUAAUGCUAAAAUGAACAGAGCUUUUCCUACUUGAGUUGCUUUUUUUUUAGGGUCAUCAUGAUGACGGCGUUAAUGUUCCCAGAUUGUUGGGAUGAGAAACCCAGAGCUGUACCCACAGAGACUCAGAAGCCUCAGUAAGGAGCGCUGACUGAGGGCUGAGCAGCGACAGCACAGGGUUAUGAAUCGACGCUCCCUCUGUGUUUGGCCUAGUUGAAAAGGCAGAGGCACUCUUGUCGACUUUACUUUUUAACAGGAAGGGAAAACUUGUUAGCGAUCAUUUAGCCACGGUAGCUAAAUCGUGCCCUAGUGUUGUCUGAACGAGUCGUUUAUCUUAAUUAGUUUGCGAGUGCCCCUGUCUUCUGAAGAAGCACAUCUCCAUUGUACCUCGCAGCUCCGCGGUGGCUGACCUUGUCCCGUCGCUUGAUAAGACACUUUGAUGCAGAAAGAGUUGUUUGGGGAAACUGGUGCUUGCAUCGUGUGGAUUAAGGAAGUGACAUUGGUAGCAUUAAUCGAUGGUUUUCUAGUGUAGAGGCAGUGUGUGUGUGUGUGUGUGUGUG